GCCGCCAGGAGGCAGCAGAGCGCGCACCGCCCGCCGGCGCCGGAAGCCGAGGAGGGCCGCUUCCGCCGCGUGCCCGCUUCCAAGAUGGCGGCGGGGCGGGGCGAUGGGGCGGGGCGGCCGGGGCCGGCGGGCGGGAUGCUGCGGGCGGCGCUGCGCCGCGUGCCCACGCUGUGGAGCCACGCGCGGCCCCGGGGGCCCUGCCUGAGGCGGCUGUGGGGGCGCGGGGCCCGCCCGGAGGCCGCGGGGAGAAGGCGAGCCUGGGGCUGGGGCUGGCGGCGCUGGAGCUCCGAGCCGGGGCCCGGGGCGGCACACUACCAGCUCGUCUACACUUGCAAGGUCUGUGGGACUAGGUCCUCCAAGCGCAUCUCCAAGCUGGCCUAUCACCAGGGCGUGGUCAUUGUGACCUGCCCUGGCUGCCAGAACCACCACAUCAUCGCGGACAAUCUGGGCUGGUUCUCGGACCUGGAUGGGAAGAGGAAUAUUGAAGAAAUCCUGGCGGCCAGAGGGGAGAAGGUGUGCCGAGUGGCUGGCGAGGGGGCCCUGGAGCUUGUUUUAGAGGCUGUGGGGGCCCCCAAAUCCACUGCUGCUCCGGAAAGGGGUGAAGACCAGGAUCCCACCCACCCUGGCAAGACAGAGUCCAGCUGACCCUGCCUUCUGCCUUUGAGAAGAAUGCUUCAGCCCUGGGCCUGUGUGGACUUGGCCUGUUUUCUGUCAAUAAACAGACAUCACUGGCA